UCUACCUUGUAUUUUAAAAGGAAAAUGAUGAAUACACACUCCGUUGUCACACACUCCGUCACACACACUCCAUCUCCAUUUGUCUCCGUUUCUUUGGUUAACCCAGUGGCUCUCCUCUUCACCUAGCCCUGGUUCUUUGAUUUUCUUUCUCUCUCCUCCCCCUCUCCUUCCUUCUCUUCUCCACUCCUAGAACCCUGAUCGGGUUCUUGCAAACCUAGAUCUAGAACAUUAGACAUUCCAUGGUUCAAUUAGAUGAGGAAGAAGGCAUGAAUGAAAGGCUUAGCAACGGAGAGAAAGAGAGAGGCAAGGGUGAGAGGAUGCCAAGAUCUGUUGAGGAUAGAGAUUGGUAGUGGAUUUUAUGGAAGGGAAAACAGCUAGACUGGAGAGGAAAGACUUGAGCCAACGAGGGAGAUCAAGGGGCAAGAAGAGAAUUGACAUCAGAGAAGGAAGAGAUAGCCGACAAUGGAGAAUGGAGAGAGAAGGGGAAGCUCAGCAUCUUCGACAUCUACUUCAAGACCCCCAUUGUUCAUGGAAUGGAUCUCGUCACUCCCCGCUUCAAGUCCCUUGCCAAGCGUCUUGUGCUUCUUGUUGGUACGACUUUAUGUUAGGAAUGUAUGCAAGAUGCUUUCUUGUUUGCUUCUGCCAAUGGGUUUUGUAAUUGGUUUUUGGUUCCUUAUAGCUGAUUAACUGGCCUUAAACUUGAAAUGCUUUUCUGGUAGUUUGCAUUUUCCGUUGUUGAAAUGUCUGCAAUUGGGAAUUGGUUUUCUGGGACGGUUUCAAUUGGGCUUACAUCAAUUAAUUUAGCAUUUUUCU